UUUUUUUAAUACGUUAUAAAAUAUUGCUAUCGUAUUCGGGCAAAAAUUACCCCAAUUGUAGUCCAAUACGGCGGAGUUAAAAAAUACUCAAAAUUUAACAAGUACGGGGCUAACAAAAAUUUUGUUCUUUGUUAUUUUCUAAAAUAUGCGCUAAGCUAUCGAGAUGAGGCUUUCGCCACAAAAUGACAUAAAUUUAGAACAAUAUGUAGUACAAUAGAUGAAAAUAUAAAAUUCAAAAAGUGCAGGUUUAUUUUCACAGACAGAGGAGCGACAGAUUAGAUUCGAUAUAUAUGUGCAUAUCAUCGUGUCCGAAGAGUAAUCUCUUUGCGACCGGCUCAUCCUGCGGGACUGUGUACGUGUUCGACUCGAGAUCGAGAAAUAACCCGAUCAAGCAUUACCGACCUCACACUAGAUACGUGAAUAGGCUGGCCAUGAACACGGAAUACAUUCUGUCCUUCAGCGACGACAAUACGAUAUCCGUUUGGGAUCAAAGAGCCGGACGGACCAUGAAGUCUAUCACAUUUCCAGGUGUAACGUACCCCACGGUCCCCACGUGUAUAAAUAUGCGACGGGAUUUGGUUUUCGUUGGAACCAAAGACACAUUCUGCUCUAAAUCCUUGAAGUUGCACGUGCUAAAUCCAAAGGACGAUUUCAAGAUAGUGAAAUCUUAUUCCACCAAGCAUACGAAUAAUAUAACGAGAGUGCAUCUGACGCACGGAUGCCUGAUAACAAGUUCCAUGGACGGCACUGUCAGAAUUUCGAGCCUUACGGAUCCGUCAAAGCCCAUCGCUACUUUACGUUCAGAGAUGAGACAUAUCUUAGACAUGGACUAUCGAAAUGACACUCUCGCAGUAUCCGGUGAAGGUAUCGAGGUAUGGUGUCCGAAGUUGACGUGUUCAACGAAACAACAAUAAAUGGAAAGUUUCUAUACGUGAUC